AUGAGCGAACUGCAAUUCGCCAAACAGUUCCUCACCAGUCUUGACGCCAAAGCCGUCAAAUUCCAACCCGACCAUGCCUUUGAUCCCAAGACAUUUGCGACGAGGAUACCCUACACACUCCCCAAACUCUCGCACCCUCCACACCCUGAGCCCCCAAAGUCCGGUGCUACCCUCGAUCCCGCCCCAGGGUCAGAGCCCGCACCCAGCAGCGCACCACCAAUCACCCUCACGCUAAAGUCCAACCGCAAUCCCAACAUGUCCUUAACGCUCACGUCCCUUCCCAUCUCCACCCCCGUCGCUUCCGUCAAAGAGCGCAUCCAGUCCCACCUCGGCGGACCUCCCGCCGUUUCCCUAGAGAAGAUCAAGAUCAUCCUCAACAAAAAACCCAUCCCCUCGAGCAAGAAGACGCUUGCGGACGCUUUCGCCGACACCGACGUCGCAGAUACGACCGAUGUGGCACUGAGCGUCAUGGUCAUGGGCGGCGCGGUCGACCCAGCCGUCACUACACAUACCGAAGCAUGGGCUGAAGAUGUAGACCAAACGGUCGGGCCCGAGAGCGAAAAAGCCGCCGCAGAGGCUUUAGCGGCUGAUGCUGGAGGCAUGGAGGGCGUCAUGCCGACAACGACAUCGUCAACUGCCGACGAUGAGUUGGCGAAGCCAGAGUUCUGGAGUGAUCUGGAGGCGUUCCUGGGCCAGCGAUUGAAGGACGAAUCGAGAGCGAAGCAGCUGCGAGGCACGUUUGAGAGUGCGUGGUCGAGUUCGCGCGCGGCGCCCUAG